GACCUGCAAAGCCUAUCUGACCUACCCAUCCUCUCUGACCAACACAGCCUACCUGACCUGCAAAGCCUAUCUGACCUACCCAUCCUCUCUGACCAACACAGCCCACCUGACCUUCACAGCCUACCUAAUCUGCCCCAAGUGUACAACCUACCAAAAGUUCCUCAACACGGGCCAAACACCUUACCUAAACAGAUCAUAAAAACCAAACCCUGUGUUAAAUUUCCUCCUCUAUACAAUAUAUUAUUUAGUAACAUUUAUUGGCAAGUAUAUAGGAGUAACGAGACUAUUAUCUAUAUCUAUAAUGCAUUUUACGAUAACCGAACGCUAGCUAAUCCGAAACCAAUAAUAAGAGUUUUAACUAUGGUCGAUCGGAUUUGGUUUAAUGUUAAGGUUUAUUGUGUGUUGUGGUUUAAUAUCGACUUACCUGUUGUAGUUAGAGUGAGUGGGUUUAAGUAUAUGUGGUAUAAGACCUGGGGUAAUUAUAAAGAUGGUUUAUUACAGCCUUAUAUGUUAGAGUGCCCAAUACCAACUGAAUAUAACCACUUGGUACCUCUAUCUAUGUCACUUAUUGAACAACCUUGUUACCAACCCACUAACAACCUUAGGGUAAUUAACAAGCAGCCUGUUAAUGGGAAGAAAAAUGACUUUGUAGUUUGUGUUAAAGGAUUGUUAUAUGGUAAUAAUGAUCAAAGUGUGAGGUUAAUUGAGUGGUUAGAGGUGUUAUUUCAAUUAGGGGCUAACAAGGUCGUUAUCUAUGACCUGAAUAUCCCUUACAAUAUGACCCGUGUGCUUAACUACUACCAGAAACGAGGUCAAGUUCAAGUGAUCCCAUUGACCUUACCUGGAUACCUACCUAACCUAGCUAGUAUAAUGAGUCAAUAUUUAAAGAGGAAAUACACCACCAAACGACAGAACGAGGUGAUUCCCUAUAAUGAUUGUUUGUAUAAUAAUAUGAAUCUAUAUAAAUUUGUGGUAUUAUUAGACACCGAUGAAUUUAUAAUGCCCAGGAAAGCAAAAUCAUGGAAAGAUGUAAUAAGCCUCGUCGCCCCUAAGGCAUUAUCAGGUCAGGAGCAUACUAAAUCAUCUUACUGUGCUAGGAAUAUUUACUUCCUUGAUUCUAUGCAAAAAAAACAAACAACCUCAAAAUAUAUCCCCAAAUUCAUGUAUUUCACCAACAACCUCUAUCGAGCUGUUAACUACACCAAACCAGGGGCUUAUGUCAAAUGUUACCACGACACCGAGCGAGUAUUAACCUUGCACAACCACUACCCGUUCUCCUGCCUUCGAGACCACUGUUCGAAUCCCUCUAUACCUACAACUAUCGCCCAUCUACAGCAUUAUCGCUCUGGGUGUGUAAACGAGCUCAAAAAACAGUGCCAUAUCUUCCUAAACAAAACGCGUGUGGAUGACGGCAUUACUCGCUUCAGUAAAGCUAUUGUUCACAACUCUUUACGCACACUCAGACAUCUAGGAAUGUUUAUGGGUUAGUUAAUUCAGUUCCAUACCAUAACACCGUCCUAUGAACUGUCAGUUAAGAGAGACUGUGUUAAGUGAUAAGUCUUAAGUCUUAUCAAUAAUUAUAAAAAAAAAUCCCCAGGUAAAAAUUCCUUCUUUCCAGGAUUAAUUUUAUUAUGACGUCAAUGUCAGUGACUCAUAUACCUGUGUAACUUGUAAAUGAUUAUAUGUAAGCUUCUGAAAUAAAUGUGUAUCUUGUAAAUUAUUAUAUGUAAGCUUCUGAAAUAAAUGUGUAACUUGUAAAUGAUUAUAUGUAAGCUUGUGAAAUAAAUGUGUAACUUGUAAAUGAUUAUAUGUAAGCUUGUGAAAUAAAUGUGUAACUUGUAAAUUAUUAUAUAUAAGCUUGUGAAAUAAAUGUGUAACUUGUAAAUUAUUAUAUGUAAGCUUGUGAAAUA